AUGAAUAAAUAGAUAAGAGACAAAGAAAACAAACCAUUUAUUGAUAAUGCCAGAUUCAAAAGAAUAGGAACAACUGAUAGAACUGCAUCACCUAUAAAUCAAAUAUUAUCUAAAAUGAGAAAAUAAUAAUCUCCACUUUUAUCUGCUAGAACUCCAAAAGAAUGUUAGAGUAGAAUAUCUAAUGAUUGUGAAUAAUAAUUGCAAUUUGAUGUUGUUUUAGAGAUGGAAGAAAGAAAACGUAAAAUUAGAAAAUUUAAAUAAUGCUUAACUGAAAAUAUUGAAAAAUUAAAAGAAUUAGAAACUAUCACUCAAUAACUAUUAUGCUUUGAGGAUUGUCUAAAUUAAAUUCUUAAAAAUAUUAAACAUAUUAAAGUAUUAGAUAUAUUAUUAUUACCUAGAGUGAAAUCACAGAAUAGAUUAAAUCAUAACAAAUAAAUUAAAAAAUUAACAUUCAUUAAAUAAAAGAAUCAAUAAAAUAAAUGUCUGAAGAUAUUUCAUUGAAUGAAUUAAAUAUUAUUAAAGAGAUGUAAAUGAAACCAUUUAAUAAUAUAAUGUCUCAUUAUAUGAAUAAAUGUGAAACUCAUUUAGAUAAAAUUGAGAAUAUGAUUACUACAUCAAAAUAAUAAUUAGAAUUUAAAGAAAUGUGUAAAUAAAUUGAAUAAAAACUAUUGACUUUAAGAAAUUAAUCUCCACAUUUUAAGGAGGUAUGA